AUGGGUGUCGACUCUCUAAGAAACAACGACAAUGCUGAAUUGAGAUGGAAAGCCAACCAGGUGCGUGCAAAAGUGAUCACCCUAUGGAACAAGUACACAUCUAAGGUUCAGGGGUGCAAGAUUCCUACCAUUUACAACUUCGAGACGCAGUUCAUUGAGGGGUACAAGCAAUUCGGGAUUCAUGACUGCGGUCUGUUCACCCUCAAGGCUAUAGAGCACUGGGAUGGACACAACCUCCCAAAUAUGAUGGAGUUUGAUGAAAUGAAGCUGAGGAAACGAGUUCUUCAUGAGUGGCUUCAUAGCCCUGCCAACAAGCUAGAGAACAAGAUUGAACUAUUCUCAAAGAGAAAGGGAAAGGGAAAGAUGGCAAAUCAGUAGG